CUCUCCCUCUCUCUCUCUCUCUCUCUCUCUCUCUCUCAAGUAUUCCUAACGUUUUGCGUGAGAAGCUUGAAGAUAUAAUGGAGGAAGAGAACGGUUUCGGUGACGAGGAAGAGCUUGUGAGGGAGCUUCUCAACGACGACUCUCCCUUCUUUAUGAUGGCAGACCCGUCGAUGGAGUCGUCUGGUCAAGAGGAUGCCAUCAAGUGGCUCAUGUCCACCGUCUAUUCGGGCCCGACGAUUGAGGACAUCGAGGGCGCCUUGUUCUCGAGCACCCACCAAAUGGAUAUUGGACGACCGCAAGAUUAUUCACCGGCCAGGGUUCAACCUUGGUCGUUUCAGAGGGGGCUUAAUAAGAUAGACCACAAGUAUACGCUUAAGAUAAAGAGUUGUGGAAAUGGGUUGACGGAUGACGGAUACAAAUGGAGGAAGUACGGCCAAAAGUCUAUCAAGAACAGUGCCAAUCCGAGGAGUUACUACAAGUGCACAAACCCAAGGUGCAACGCCAAGAAGCAGGUGGAGCGAUCCAAUGACGACCCGGACACGUUCAUCGUCACCUAUGAAGGUUACCACCUCCAUUUCACUUACCCUUACUUCCCCGUCGGCCCCGCCUACCAAUUGGACCCACCAGUCAAGAAGCCCAAGAAGGCCGUUUCGUCGGCAGACGCCCAAGCCCACGAUAAGCCCAAUCAAGUCCAAGAAGCUGAAGGAAGCGCCGACGCAUUCACAACCGGGCUGGCCCAAAUUGCGAUCGAAGACUGUCGUCCGGCUCCUACCCAAGAAGCGAUAAGCCACCAAGGGCUCGGGCUUCUCGAAGACGUGGUGCCUUUCAUGAUUAGGAACCCAACGAGGAACAAUGUCGUCUCUGCCCAUUCAUUGCCUUUUCCUCCAAAUUCGCCUUCUUAUCAGUCAUGCUUCCCGAGUUAUUCAACUCAGUAUUAUGGCAUAGGCCUCGGUUCAUGCAUCAAGUGAACAUGUGCGCACAUAAGUAAAGUCAUAUACAGUUUAAAAGGUGAAUAAUUAGGCAAUGCUUCUAAGGUUUCUUUGCAUGUGACAGGAAUGUACCGGGCUCAUCUAUAUAUAGCUGUAAUAAGCGAUAGUCAUAUUAUAUGUAGUCCAGCUUGUGAAUUGUUAUUCAA